UUUCUUUCUACUUUCAUAGUUUAUUUAUUGUUCUAAUGCUGAGUUUUAUCAGAAAUGACCUCCAAGCGUCCUGGCGGGAGCUCGUUUCAACCAGAAGUGAAGCGAAAGCGUGAAAGUGACGAAUUCGAGCAGUGUUACGUUUCAAGAUUCGAAAAUGAACUUCCAUCUGUACCAACGAUUGAUAAAACAGGAUGGGCCAGGCCAGCAGUCGAUAAAGAUCUCGGAAUUAGCAAAAGCAUUGCGUGUCAGAUCUUAGAGGUCGAAACGUAUCAUGAAGACGGCUCUGCAACAUCUUACGACAGAACAAAUGUGAAGUUGUAUGGUGUAACCAAAUCUGGAAAUUCGAUUUGUGUCAUUGUGACUGACUACUUUCCACAUUUUUAUUUCCAGGCACCACAAGGAUUCGGUGUCGAGCACAUUGGAACUGCACAAUCUGCAAUUUGCAAUAUGGUUGCUGCAGCAAAACGCCGAGGUGGUAGCGGUCAAGCUCAAUUGCCUGGAAAAGUAGUUGAUAAUCUUGUUCAUGUGGAGAUAGUUCACGGAGAGAAUCUUUAUUACUUCCGCGGUGCUGAUACGAAAGUUCCUUUUGUCAAGGUGUCAGGAUCUACAGAAGCUCUUCACAAAGCGCGAAUGGAAUUGAAAAAUGGAGUUAACUUGAUGGGAAAGGGUCCUGUGAACGUUGGGAAUUUAUACGAGUCAAAUAUUAAUGUGAUUGUCAUGUUCUUGGCGAAAACGAAUAUUGUUGGAUGUGGCUGGAUUGAGAUUCCUGCUGGAAAGUGCCGAAUUCUUUCAAACAGUGAAAAGUCGUCUCGUUGUCAAAUAGAAGUCACAGUUCCGGUCAAAAACCUGAUUGUUCAUGAAAGUGAUGGUGAAUGGGCUGGAAUUGCUCCUAUUCGUACUUUGUCUCUGGAUAUCGAAUGUAUUGGUCGACGUGGAGUGUUUCCCGAAGCAAUUAAAGAUCCUAUUAUUCAAAUAGCUAAUCUUGUGAAAAUCGAAGGUGAAGCAGAACCAUUUGUUCGUAAUUGUUUCGUUCUUGGAACAUGUGCACCGGUCGUCGGUUCAAAUAUCAUUCAAUGUGUGAAUGAAAAAGUUCUUCUCGAAAAGUGGGCUGAAUUUGUUCGUGAAGUGGAUCCCGACAUUAUCACUGGAUAUAACAUUCUCAAUUUUGAUCUUCCAUACAUUCUGGAUCGUGCUAAAGUUCUAUCACUGCCACAAGUUUCUCAUCUUGGUCGUCAGAAAGAAAAAGGCUCAGUUGUAAGAGAUGCUGCAAUAUCAUCGAAACAGAUGGGAAGUCGAGUGAACAAGAGUAUCGAUAUUCACGGAAGAAUUAUUUUUGAUGUACUUCAAGUUGUACUUCGGGAUUACAAACUCCGAAGUUAUACACUCAAUAGUGUCUCAUAUCAAUUUUUAUCCGAACAAAAAGAAGAUGUGGAACAUAAUAUUAUUCCUGAUUUACAACGAGGAGAUGAACAAACUAGGAGGCGAUUGGCUCAAUAUUGUUUGAAAGACGCAUAUCUUCCUCUUCGUCUGCUUGAUAAAUUAAUGUCAAUUAUUAAUUACAUCGAAAUGGCUAGAGUCACCGGAGUUCCUAUGAAUUUCUUACUGACAAAAGGUCAACAAAUCAAGAUUCUAUCAAUGAUGCUACGAAGAUGUAAGCAGAACAAUUUCUUCUUACCGGUAAUUGAAGCCAAUUCUGGGGAUGGUGAAGGAUACGAAGGUGCUACUGUCAUUGAUCCGAUUCGAGGAUUUUACAAUGAACCAAUUGCAACACUUGAUUUCGCUUCUCUAUAUCCAUCCAUUAUGAUUGCUCAUAAUCUCUGUUACACGACACUUUUAAAAUCCCCACAAGGAGUUGAGAAUGAGGAUUAUAUUCGGACACCAUCUGGCCAAUAUUUUGCAACCAAAUCUAAGCGCCGUGGGCUUCUUCCCGAGAUUCUCGAGGAUAUUCUGGCUGCAAGAAAACGAGCGAAGAACGAUAUGAAAAACGAGAAAGACGAGUUCAAAAGAAUGGUUUACAAUGGACGACAAUUGGCGCUUAAAAUCUCUGCAAAUUCUGUUUAUGGUUUCACUGGUGCAACUGUUGGAAAGUUGCCAUGUCUCGAGAUUUCUCAAUCAGUUACAGCUUUCGGAAGAAAAAUGAUUGACAUGACGAAACUCGAAGUGGAGAGAAUUUACAAAAAAGGAGCUCUCGAUGGAAAAUGUCCAGCAGAUGCGAAAGUUAUUUAUGGCGAUACAGAUUCUGUAAUGGUGAAAUUCGGUGUCGAAACUGUAGCUCAAGCAAUGGAAAUUGGACUCGAUGCUGCUAAAGAAGUCAGCAAGAUUUUCACUCCGCCGAUCAAACUUGAAUUCGAGAAAGUUUACUCCCCAUAUUUACUUAUUAACAAAAAGAGAUACGCUGGCCUUUACUUCACUAAACCGGAUGUUCAUGACAAGAUGGAUUGUAAAGGAUUAGAAACUGUUCGCCGUGAUAACUGCCCUCUGGUUGCAAAAGUUCUCGGUGUUUGCCUCGAGAAAUUACUAAUAGAAAGAGAUCAACAAUCUGCUUUGGAUUUUGCGAAACGGACAAUUAGUGACUUGCUCUGCAAUAAAAUUGAUAUCUCAUUGUUGAUUAUCAGUAAGGAAUUAACAAAGUCUGGAGAUAAAUAUCAAGCAAAGCAAGCUCACGUUGAGUUGGCGGCUCGUAUGAAGAAAAGAGACGCUGGAAGUGCACCAAGACUUGGAGAUAGAGUUCCAUAUGUUUUUGUCGCUGCUGCAAAAAAUGUUCCGGCAUACGAACGAGCUGAAGAUCCAACUUUUGUACUUCAAAAUAACAUUCCAUUGGACACCAAACACUACUUGACUAAUCAACUCGCCAAACCACUUGCCAGAAUUUUCGAGCCCAUCUUGGGUGAUAGAGCAGAAAAGAUUCUGGUGGAAGGAGAACAUACAAGAGUUCGUACAGUCGUUCAGAGUAAAGUUGGAGGUCUUGCAGCGUUCACAACGAAAUCUGCAACUUGUCUUGGUUGCAAGAGUGUUUUACCAAGAGCAGAAUCAGAGAACGCAGUUUGCAAACACUGUGAGCCGAAGCUUCCAACGAUUUUUGCUUCUAGAAUGAACACUAUGCACGAACUUGAAAACCAUUUUGGUCGCCUCUGGACCGAAUGCCAAAAUUGUGCAAAGACUAUGCAAGACAAAGUGAAUUGCUCGGCUCGAGACUGUCCGAUCUACUAUAUGAGGGAAAAAGUUCGAAACGAGCUAUCGGAGGCAAGUGCCGUCAUCGAACGAUUUGGAGAUCCUUGCUUCCAGGCACCUACUAAAUGAAUUAAUUAUGAUCCCGGUUUAUUUGUCUAAUUAUUAUUGACUGUGAAUGAUCUUACCACACUAUUCAUCUCAUCACACAUUUUUCUUUAUUACUGGUUAUCUUAUAAACUCGCGUUGAUGAUUAAAACAUAUGUUUUUAAU